AUGGCGCAUGGCACAUAUCCUCGGGCCACAAGACUUCAAGAUGGUUCAAUCCUGGGCGUGCAUACUGCGUUCCAGGGCGGGACUAAUAUCAUUGCUGUGGUCCGCAGUACAGACAACGGCCUCACUUGGAGCCCUGUCGGAGAGGUGACCAGAGGAGUCGGUGAUAUCGAUAAUCCCUUCAUCGUGCAGCUACCAAACGGCAAGAUUGUAUGCGCGUUUAGAAACCAUUCCAGGGACUCGGGCGGUAGAUAUACAUGGUUCCGCAUAACUGCAUGCGGUUCAGAUAACGGUGGUGCAGAUUGGAGGUACCUCUCGACCGUCGAGGAGAAUGGGAACCCGGUGACUGGUUUAUGGGAGCCUUUCCUCCGAAUUGCUAGAGAUGGAUCUCUGCAAAUCUACUAUUCUCGGGAGCUCAGUGGCAGCGAUCAAGAUUCGAUUCAACGAGUCUCUCGCGAUGGUGGAGUAACCUGGAGCGCAGACAAGACAAUCUCCGGUGCUGGAAUUGUGGCUCGGGAUGGUAUGCUUGGACUUGCCCCUUUCGAGGGCAAGUUGAUUGCGGUAUUCGAGACCAAUCAAGAUGGGCCGAUGUCUAUCAAGUCAGUGGAGUCACCCGAUGACGGAGCCACUUGGGGAAAUCGACAACCUGUUUAUUCCGCGAAGGGUAUUGCCGCCGCUCCACAAGUGACGAAUUGCGGGGGAAAAUUAGUGGUUACAUUCCAAACUGACGAGGAGGGGCUUGAUACGUCUAUCGUGAUGCUGGUCGGAAGGCCGGGCGCUUGGAGUAAGAAAAUGCUGGUAAGCCCGAAGAAGAGCUCUUGGGCUGGGAUUCUGACACUUGAUGAGUCAAGUGUCCUCGUGAUGUUUGACAACGGCGGUUGCAAAACUAGAAGGAUCACACUGCGUUGA